AUGGAUACAAUCGAUGAUCUUAUUGGUAUAUUGCGUACUAACGUGAAUUCAAACUAUUUGCAUUCGACAUUUCUACCAGGAAGAUGGGUAAAGAAAAUUACAGUGACACGAUUAAAAAUUCCUGACAACUUAAUGCGACUGGAUCCGGCCACCGAUCCUUUACAUCUCUUGAUGACACAUUGUCCAGGCGUAGAAGAAUUCUGUUUUCAACGCACGAAUUUCAUAUUUGCUACCGAAUGGAUCUAUUUACGCAUGGUGUUAGAACAGCGACCUCAAGGAUGGGCAUUACGCAAUUUGGCAGAAUGUUUUAACAAAGACGAUUAUGACAGUUAUUAUGCGUGUGCUUGGAUCAUGCGAAACAGUCUUCGGCACUUUUAUCUGAAGAGAAAAGUGAGCGACUAUAAGCAUCAUUUUAAAGACUUUCAAAACCUGGCACACUUAUAUAUCAGUCGACACGUCAUCCAGGACAUUGUUGAGUCAGAUCCGAUCGUGAACGCUUUAUCCAAUCUUAUCAGCCUGGACGUCGAUUUCCAUGCUCCUAAACCACAACAAUCUGCUGCCCGUAAAAACAAACAACUGGCAGACCAGUCGAAUCACAAUAGUUACCCACAUCUCAAAAAGCUGAAGCUAAAAAAUAUGCCAGUUACCCGCGACCUGGAUUUCUCCUUCAUUAUUGAUAAAUUCACGGGAUUGGAGAUAUUGGACAUUAAAGUGUUGAAAUCCAAACCAUGGCCUAUUAGCAAAAUGUCAUUUGACGGAAUUCAACUAUUCUUUAGCUAUGUGUGUAAAAUACCUAGUUAUUCUGUUUAUUUCAGGGAUAUUGACAUUGUGACUAUGAUGAAUAUAUACUACUCUCGGAUCGAUGAUAAGAAACAAGCUUUUGACCUGGCUUUUACGAAUAUUUUAGAUGAAGGAGAAAAUUCAGUGAGUUUAGAAGUGACGAACGACGAUGGACGGCAAGAAAAGCUAAAGUUGAUCUAUAACCUGAAUGGUAAAACUGUCAGACAGAGGAUGGACAAGGCUCAAAAGACUUUAGCUGGUAUCAGCCAACACAUUGACGAAAUGAAUGUUUCUUUGAUGGGCAAACAUGCAGUCGCAAAGCAUAUUGAUGAAUUCAUACCCCUCGUGUUAGGCUCUUGCAAAGAAUUAAAAAAAGUAACAUUUCAUGGAGGAGAAUUACAUUAUAAACUGUAUAAGAAGCUGAACCAAGUGGAUGGUAUAAGGCACUUGGGGUUCAGAAAAAGCUGUCUGGACACAAAUGCUAUCACUUUUCUGUCAAACAGUUUUCCAUACAUUGGGUGCUUUGAAAUGGACAAUUGCACUUUUGUGAAUAAUCAAUGUUUGGAUAAUACGGUGAUCAUCGAUCUGAAUAUGAUUCAUACAGUCUUUGGCUGCAUGAAGAUAUCCUUAAAAGAGAUUGGCAUGCCUCGUGUGACAAGACCAGCUGACAAACACGAAUUUUGUGCACAAGCAGUUGAGAUUGUGAAAAGUUACUUGUUUAUUAUAAUCAACUUUUUCGGACAAGAACAAACUACUAAAUAUUACGGAGGAGACAUAAUCAAGGGAGAUUUAGUCACAGUAGAUAGAGACGCAUAUUACAGAUAUUUGGAUGAAUGUAGUCAGACACAACAAUACCAAUUAAAUGUCUAUUGUCUCAAUGUGAAAUCUAUUGAAAGACUUUAUUUUACAACACCCAAGCGACAUUUUGUAUUGAAAAUGGAUUAA